UUUUAACGGACAACGGACAACUUACUGUCGACGAUCGUUAGUCAUUCGUUGCUAUAAUCUUGAUUUUACAUAACUUCAUGUUAAAACUUGUUUUUGGACUCAAGAUUCCAAAGUUUUAAAUUUUCAACGGUUGUUCAAAAAUAAAACUAUUUCAACCGAUUGUUACAGAUAUUAGACUGUGUAUUAUUAUUCUUUAAUAAAUAAUAGAUAGGUAGUCGAUUGAAAAAGCCAUUGUUUUUUGUUUAUCCUUAAUUUAAAUUGACUUCCCCCAAGGUUCCUCUCCUAUUUUUAAUUAUUUGAAUCCUUAAUUUUUACUCUCACAUUUUGCUAACAUUUUUAACUACAUUCUAGUAAAUCUUCUUGUUUUUUGCCGUGUUAUCCACAUAAUGUCUCAAUUCACUUUUGUCAAUGAUCUUAAAAGUGCUGUAAGAAUGGAUGAGCCGAUCACCAAUGGCCCAGCUCCGCGUUGGAUGAAGAAAAGUGUGGAAUCAAGUACUAGUUUUUCAAAUACGUCAAGAAAAACUAAUGAUUUAAUGGCUAUCAAGAAGACUCCAUCAAAAACACCUAAUAAAUCAAAAUCACCAGCUUCAAGAUCAGCAUCAAACACGCCAGCUAAACCUAAAACACCUGGUGGGGACAGAUUCAUUCCUUCCAGAAUGUCUACAAAUUUCGACAUAAGUAAUUUCAAAAUGAAUCAAGAAAAUGAAAACCUAGACUUAAGUCCCACUCAAACAGACUACAGAAAAGCUAUGUCUGAGAAUCUCCAUGGUUGUGAUAUAAAUAAUGUUCGUGUUCUAUCUUAUCAAAAUAAAGCACCGGCUCCUCCAGAGGGUUAUCAAAAUGCUUUAAAAGUAGUUUAUAGUCAAUCCAAGACUCCCAUGAAUAUACGAGGAGCAACUCGUUAUAUACCACACGCACCAGACCGUAUUUUGGAUGCUCCUGAAAUUGUUGACGACUAUUAUCUAAAUUUAAUUGACUGGAGCUUUUCCAACAUAUUGGCCGUCGCCUUGGGGACAAGUGUAUAUCUUUGGAAUGCUGACUCAGGAGCCAUUGAUCAACUGUUAGAUUUAGAAGGUGCAGACUAUGUUACUUCUCUAAGUUGGGUACCCAAUGGAAACCUUUUAAGUGUUGGAACUGCUUUAGGACCUGUACAAUUAUGGGAUGCAUCACAGACUAAACGGCUGCGUAUAAUGAACAGUCAUAGUUCAAGAGUAGGUGCAAUGUCUUGGAACAGUCAUAUAUUAACUACUGGUUGCAGAAAUGGAGAACUUGUUCACAACGAUGUCAGACAGAGAGAACACAUUGUUGGUACGAUUCAAUCCCACACUCAAGAAGUUUGUGGUCUUAAAUGGUCAACUGACGGUCGUUAUUUAGCCAGUGGAGGCAAUGACAACCUGUUGAAUGUGUACAGUGGCUUACCAGGCCAAGCAACUUACCAAUCUGAACCAAUAUACAGUUUCAGUCAACAUCAAGCUGCCGUUAAAGCAUUAGACUGGUGUCCGUGGCAAACCAAUGUACUAGCCAGUGGUGGUGGAACAGCUGACAGAACUAUCAGAUUUUGGAAUUGCAACAACGGUCAAUGUAUUAAUUCAGUCAAUGCCAAUUCACAGGUGUGCGCUAUUCUGUGGUCAAAAACUUACAGAGAAUUGGUAUCAGCGCACGGUUUUGCAAAUAACCAACUCACAAUUUGGAAAUAUCCUUCACUAACCAAAGUUGCUGAGCUUACUGGACACACAAAUCGUAUUCUGAAUUUGGCAAUGUCACCAGAUGGAUCAACAGUCCUCUCAGCUGGUGCAGAUGAAACUUUGCGAAUGUGGAAGUGCUUUUUGCCAGAUCCAAACAAGAAGAAAGAACAGGAGAAGCGCUCUUUUAGACCCACUAUAUUGGGUCCAGGUUUAAGAUAAAUAUUUAUUUUAUUCUUAUAUCUUUGUUAAUUAAAUUAAUUAUAUUUAAUAUUUGAAUAUUUCUGUCAACUUUUUAAUUACACAAUUUAAACCUUUAAUUUUAUUUAUACAAGACUUAGUCAUACUUUUAUACUUUUGCUCGUUUAGUGUACAUACAUAAACAGAUUUUUUAUAACUAUUUUCUUUUUAUGUAUUUUUUUAAACAAGUAAUUUAAUGUUAAGAUCAAAUGAUUCUCAGAAUUAGUGUGUAAGUUGACUACAAAAACUCAUAUACUAAUACAUUUUAUAUCAUAACUUUAAUUAUUUAUAAUAAUAAACAAGUCUUUGGCUACUUUAUGUUA